AGGUGCCAACACGAAGAUAUGGGAGCCGAUUUGACCCGUGUCUAGAUGAUUACACCACUUCUUAUUACAAUAGAGGAGACGUUCAGAAGGCCCUCCAUGCAAGUGAUGGUCUACACAUUAAAAAGUGGAGUACCUGCAAUAACUCGAUCUACAACACUUGGGAUUGGGAACAAUCACCAGAAUCUGUUCUACCCAUAUAUCGAAACCUCAUGGCUGCAGGAAUUAAAAUAUGGGUCUACAGUGGAGAUACUGAUGGAAGAGUCCCUGUAUUAUCUACUAGAUACAGCAUAGGUGUAUUGCGUCUUCCUAUUACCAAAUCAUGGACACCCUGGUACUAUGGAAAACAG